AACUAUCUCUCUUUCUUCCUCUUCCGUCAUUCUCACUCAACUUCACAAUUCAAACAACUCACAAACCUAAGCGUCUGGAUCUUGAUCCUUCAUCAACGUAUUCCAUUUCUCCCAAAUUGCUUCGCUUAUUUUCAAAUCACCUCAUUGCCAUUGACAUUCGUUGCACAAUCACUAAUUCAACCACUGAACACCACAGGUCCAUCCUUCCAAGAUUACCUUUUAUUAUUGUUCUCGACUUCCAACUACGUUACUUGCUUUACUCUGAACAUCCGAUAUCUUGUUCUAGGACCUCUCCAUUAAAUUGAAAAUGUUUGUAAACACGGAUUCGAGUGACCUUUCUAGCGUGUCAUCUUUGAGUUCUCUAUCCUCGUCAUCAAUCGACUCCGAUUACUUCGACGUCCCCACACCUCCACUAUCACCAUCCCGUCAAGCUCAUCGUAUUCCACCGAUAUCAAUGACUGCCGAUCCCGUCAAAUUCACAUUGGACAUGAGCUUCAAUAGACAUGGGUCCAACACCAACCUGGAGAAACGCUUUGCUUGUUCUAUCGAUCCUCUUGCUCCGCCUACUUCUUCUCAAAGCAGAUCGGAUACUUCAAGCAUUGGGGAGAAUGCUGGCGAGGAAGAAUGGAAAGCGUUGUAUUCGAAAUGGAACUUCCCUGUCCGAACCGACAGUCCACGAGGUCUCACUUGGGGACCUUACCAUACCACGCCGGAUAUGACUCCAUCAACUUCUACUGCCUCUCUCCCAUCGAGUGGAAUCAAACGAUUACGCACCUCGAGUAAUGCGGAAAACAAAUCAAUGGUGACUGAGCCGAAGCGACAACGAUUGGUUCCUAUACUUCGUCUUCCUCGCAAUCCCUUGAUUGUAAGGCUUGUCAUGGGCACAUCGAAAUCAACCUCUCAAAUGAACUCAACAGAAACUGUGGCACUCCGUCAAACACCAACAUCAAUGACCUUUGUAGAAACCUUGACGGAAGUGUUGGUUUCUCUCCCUACAUCCAAACCUUCUGUAAGACCAAGGAUCACACUCAGCAGGUCGAGCAAAUUGAAGUACGGCGUAUAGAGUACAAUCGAUGAUCUCUUACCGUGAUAAUUCUGCUUAACGAACACAAUUCAAAUACUGCUUUUGUUGAUACUUGACUCUCCUAUCUAAUUAAUACAACCAGAAAAAUAAUUCAUCUUCGUUUUUCUUGUGUUUGAAUUUAAUCCACACUUCUACUCACAUCUUUUUGUUUGAUCUUAACGCAUCCCCCUUGAUUAAAUAUUUUCGAAAAAUACUUACCACUUUAAUAUCAUGUCACUUUCUUGGAUCUUAAUGACAAUCAAAUGCCCUGCCCUUUUCAAAGAUUUAUUUUCUCCUUCGAUCUUUCUUUGUACUUCUUGUAGCAAAACCUCAGCAAUUUUCUACCUGUGUAAUAUAGGUUCCUGUACUUUUUCAUGAUCUACCUGGUACAUUCUACGUAUACACAAACUUGACAGUCGACUCUCGAGUCUCAGCCCAUAAGAGUUUUGCUUCAAAUCUGUUGAGAAAAUCAAUCACACUUCAUAUAAAGUUUUCAGAUCGUC